AUGCAUCUUGCCGGCUGCCUGCUUCUCCUUCUGGCCGGGCUGCUGGCUCUUUCUCAGGGUCGGCUGCACUCUGAGCACCAGGGUCACAGCCACCACCCCCAUCAGGAGGCCCCUGGCACUGGCAAGGGCUCCCUCAGCCUCAGGAUCUCCCCAGGCAAUACUGUCUUUGCCCUCCACUUCUACCAUCUGAUGGUUUCUCAAACCCCUGGGAGCAACAUCUUCUUCUCUCCGCUGAGUAUCUCUGCUGCCUACGCCAUGCUGUCCCUGGGGGCUGGCUCGCUCAGCAGGACCCAGAUCCUCGAGGGUCUGGGCUUCAACCUCACAGAGGUGUCAGAGCCUGACAUCCACCAGGGCUUCCAGAACCUCCUGCACACUCUCCGCCUCCCAGAUGACAGGCUGGAGAUACACAUGGGAAACGCCCUGUUUCUGAGCCCCGAGGUACUGCUCCUCCCACGAUUCCUUAAUGACUCUGAGAGGUUCUACGAGUCCAAACUUUUACACGCCAACUUCAAAGACCCUGCGGGCACGGCUCAGCUCAUCAACAACCACGUCAAGGAGGAGACUCGGGGGAAGAUUGUGGAUUUGGUCAGUGGGCUCAGCGCAGAUACCGCGAUGGUGCUGGUGAAUUAUAUUUACUUCAAAGCUCUGUGGGAGAAACCCUUCAACCCCUCAAUGACCAUCCCCCAAGACUUCUACGUUGACGAGGUGACGACCGUCAAGGUGGCUAUGAUGAUGCAGGGCCCCCAGCACCAUUGGUACCUUCAUGACCGACACUUUCCCUGCACCGUACUGCGGAUGGAUUACAAAGGAGAUGCAACAGCCCUCUUCAUCCUUCCUAACCGAGGGAAAAUGGAUGAGGUGGAAGAGGUUUUGACCCCAGAGGUGCUUACGAGGUGGAGAAACUUGCUCCAGAACAGGUAUUUUUACAACAAGGUCAAGCUGUAUAUCCCCAAGUUCACCAUUUCUGGCUCCUAUGAAUUAGAUCAAAUUUUGCCCAAGCUGGGCAUCAUAGACCUGUUCUCCCAGCGGGCUGACUUCUCUGGCAUCACAGAACAGCUAAACCUGCAGGUGUCCAAGAGUUUCCACAAGGCCAUCCUGGAGGUGGAUGAAGUUGGUACCCAGGCUUCAGCAGCCACUGGCAGUUUUUUCACCUUUUUGUCUCGGGACAAUCAGCAAGCCCUUCGGUUUAACCGGCCCUUUCUGGUGGCCAUCUUUUCUACCAGCACCCAGAGCAUCCUUUUUCUGGGAAAGGUUGUCAACCCCAAGAAACCGUAGCCCUCAGAGGGCUGGCUCGUCCCUUACCAGCAGGAGGACCUGGCCUGAAGGCGGGUGUGAGCUGCUCUGGGUUUGCCACGGGGGAUGCAGAAAAUGCAGAGGGUCUGGGGGCGGGUGGAAGUUGUUGGUGAGGGUGAGGGACGUG